GGGAUCUAUGGGGCCGGUGGCCCAGAAAGACAUCCAGCGCUACUAAACCGUGCCACUGGCCAGUGUCUACCUUACCAUACCGGGGGGUUCCAACAACAGCACAGCCUAGGGUUCAUGCGGGUUAGACCCAAAUCCAUCACGAGCAGCAGCUUGUCUUUUCACAUGGUAGGUCUGGUCCGAUGUGAUGUUGAGCAGAAAACAGUUACUGAUUUGUUGCGUUGCGCUGCGCAAUGGAUGGCGGUUGUCUGUUGGCAAUCACAGGAAGCCAAGCCAAGCCUCGCGUCUCGCCCUCCCUUUGUCCAAGGCGAGGCUUGCUUGUUGUUGGGCGGGGGCUUGUUGGAACCUUGCCGCCGCCUGUUGCUGCUGGAACAGAGAUCGUCCUGGUUUUUAGCUGUCCUGUUGUUGAUAGGCAUGCGGUUUGAUGGAGGCAUGAAACCGUCUAAUUCCCUGCAGAAACGGCAUGGCCCCAUUGAAAGGCAAAUACGUAUAUGCAGUUGCACAGAGUCACAGACUGAGGCGGGCUCCACAGGAUGCUUUUUUUCUCGCUUUUCCCCUCGCUUACUACCCCUUGUUUGCGCUGGGCGCGCAUGGCCAGUGGGCAGUGGCUUGCAUCGAAUCCUAGGCCAUUGGUGAGGAGCAAAUAGCGAGUCGCCUGUUGUCUGAACAACACGGGAGAACUUACUGAAACACAAGUCACCAAAUACCAGGGACUCACCUACCUCCGGCUGCUCUCAAGAAGGGCAGGUGAAAGGAAAUUGGUGCUUGUCUAUCAACAGAGGAUGAGAUUCCCUGACCUUUCGUCAUCUGGGGGCGAUCCAACUACGUACCAAGUUCUGUUACUAGUCCGU